AUGCUUGUCCGUGGAUUGGCGCAAGUAGUUGCGGGGUGUAAAGUCGCCAGAGGAUCUCAUGGCCAAGUAAUGAGUGAUUCCUUUGAAGUCUACAAAGCUUUAAAAUAUGACAUAUUAACAGGAGUGUCUAUAUUUAGCAUAUACAGAGGCUUCGAGGCAGAUAGUUUCACGAGCUGCCAUUGGUCGUCUCCUGUUUCAGUGGGCUCCCGCGGGGCCGCCAAGAAAUCUGAUAAGCUUACCCCGUGCGCUCGUGUGACGUCGCACGUGCCGGAGCUCUCAUCCCCCGUACAGUACAACGUUCAAUUGCAACUCACAUUCACGCGAUCAUUUCAGGCCCCGAUUCGGAAUCACAGCAGGCACAAGAACCCCAAGAUGGCAGAUGCUCACCUGGUGGGACCCAAGCCUACAAAGGCAUGCGGUGAGUGUCGAGCAAUUCGAAUGUCUUGCACCGAGUUCUGGACUGAUGGAUUCGCAAUUCCUAGUCAAUUGCAGGAGGCAGAAGGUAGGAAAGGCGCAAGUGCCGUUGAAGGACCGAGACUCUCGCUGACGCAGUCCCCGCAAGAUGAAAUGCCAAGUCGACGACGUUCCGCCAUGCCGACGAUACCUAGGGCCAACGCUGCGGCCGUCCACAGAGCGCCAGAAUCCCGGUCCAAUGCGAUCACUCCCACGGUGUACAGUUUCUCGUCAUCUCCUGCGAACACUCAGUCGAUCCUCGCUCGUCUGGACAAAAUUGAGACUAUUCUUGGUAUUAAGAAAGGCCCGGAUGCGGCGGCAUCCCUCGAGCCUGAAGAGGAGUUGGACACUGAGCCUGAAGGGGAGGACUUUUCAUUCCAUGGCGUGUGGAGGGCCCUGUCCCACCUGAAAUCCAUCACUAGACCGCCGCAAGAUGCGAAGGUCUGGUCGAGAAGCAUGGUCAAGCAACUAUGGCGCUCAUUCCACUCGAAUUUGCCGCUGCUGCAUUUUCUGGCAGACCGCAAAGCAUUCUCCAGUCCGACGCCGUUGCUUCUUGCUUCUAUACUAUAUAUUUCCGCAUUACACCACAAUUCUGCAGAGACGGCGUCAGUUGCUCCCGGCUACUUUGCGGCUACCUGCAGUGCUAUCGCCGAACUGGUUAUGCCGCCUCCGGCCGCGGCGUCGGCCGGUAGUCCUGGGGAACAGUCGAGCUCGGCGCAGUCAAGCUCACAGGUGGAAGAUCAAGUGUUUCACAACAUCCUUGGUCUAAUAAUGGCUAGUCUGAGCUCGGAAGCUUUCAUUGAGACGACGGGCACGUGGAUAUCCAUUGGCUACCGACUGCUCUUGGAUCACUGCCCACAUCGGGUUCAGGACACGAGCCAGGACUGGCGUGGGUUGUUCUCCGGUCUCCAGAUAAUUGACGUGGAGCAUGCCUCCAUCCACAUGUGCUAUCCCUUACUUCCCAAACAGCCGCCUCCACUACCUCUGCAGAAGCUGGACCGCCAUCAAGAUAACGCUUACCGGGGCCUCGCUCAAAUGAUGCAUAGUGGUCUGAGUCACUUUGUCGGACGAGGCUUACCAUCAGUCUGGUCGUUUGUGAGCGGGAAGGAUUCGAAUAGUCCUCCCAGCACCGAUUCUCCAUUCACAGAGCAUGAUUUUCAAGUGAUUCGUCAUUGGGCCAAGCAGCUGGACGAGUGGCUGGUUCGUUAUAACGGCGCAUCUCCAACUGAUUUGGUGGCAGAACCGUCGGAAACCGAUCGUCACGGGAUAUUGAUCCUCCUGCAAUACCACCUGCAUAAGCUAUUCGUUCUGUCUAUCUAUCAUCCGGCUCGGGGAUACGACCUGGGGGCCCACAACAUUACUUCUGCUGAGAGGCACGAAUUGCUGAUCUCGGCACGUGCGGUUCUACGAUUGCGAGAUAAUGAUACAGGGAUAUGGUCUAAUUGGGAUCUUGUCGUAUGUUCUUGUAUGGAAUUAAAGAAGAAAGAUUCAGGAGCUGAUGUUGUAGAUGGUGACUUUGGCAGCGUUGUUGGUUAUACGUGGAGUAGAGGAUGGGAUGGCUCACGAAGAAGAUCUGAACUUGGUUCAGAGUCAUUUGAGCAGCCUACAGCGCUGCCAGCGUCCGCCUCCCAGUCUUCAACAUGUGCUGGCGGAUCGCCUUGA